CGAUCGUUGACGAUAAUGAUGUUCUCGGUAAAGAUAAACUCAAGAUUAUUGAAUCUGUCAAAUUGGUGAAUAAAAAGUUAUCCUGCGAGGAAUGUACCAUUUACAAAAGAAUAACUAAUUGUCUAGACUAUGUAUAUGAUUUUACUAAUCUAACUAUUUUAUUUCGCCGUUUGGUUGCCCGGUAACUGACAAAAGCCCAAACCGGAUGAAAACCCGGAAGGCGCACUAUGUUUUCCUUUCAUUGAAUCAACCCACCCAGGCAGUGAUCAAAUCGAGAUGCUCAAGUAACAUUUACAUGGAAACUAAGAGUUGUCUACAUGUGGGCUAUAACACUUCGUUGCCCAGUGUGUGAGUUGGUGCCGGUGGUACUGUCAACAUGAAAGCCAGUGGUGCUGCUCUGUUCACAAGGAAGAAUCCCUUCCCGCCAGACCCACCUCUGGGAAAAACCCAUUACAACCCUUCACGCACCAAGAAGCUUCCAAAGCAACAGAGAAAAACCCUGUCCAGCCCUCUUCUCCAGACACACUCACUGAGCCCAGAGGACCAGUGCUUCCUUGGGGCAGCCAACCACUUUGUCCUCUGUUCUCCUCCUGCCACAGAGGCCCAGCCUAGUUUCUUAGAGUCCUGGCCCUCCACUGACCUUGGGUCCUCCCCGGCAUCCCCGAACACAGACGCACUGACACGGGACCCAACAUCGGGAAAGUCCCUGGUCUCCACUGGGGGAGGAGAGCAGGAAGAUUCAGUGUUGGCAAAGUACAUUGAACGCUUUCGCCACGGAAGGCCACAGAGUCGAGAGGUGCGUCAGCAGAUGUCGGCAAUGGUGGGAGAGGGCCAGCAGCCUUUCUGGUGGCUGUCCUCCUCCCCUCUACCCUCCAGUUCUACACCCACUCAAACCACUGACAUAGGCCUUUCCCUUAGAAAAGACUCAGCCACCACCCUCAGUCCAGUUGGGCAGUUUCGGGAUGGCACCACCCUCUCCCCAUGCAGGGGACUCCUUGAUCUUAGUGCCAUGGGCCUGUCAGACUCUUCUCACGGUGACCUUGGAGACUCCGAGAUACUGCAUCUGCAGGAGAAGGCCAGUAGACUCCUUCACAAAAGUGAGCACUCACUCAGUAGUGGAUCUAUUCCCAUCAGCUCUGAGGGCCUGGGCUGCUCCAAUUUUUCCUCCCCUGUGAGCAUAGAUGAGCCAGUCCGAAGGCCUAUAGUUACCAGUCUUAUCGACUCAACCACUGUUGUGGGGAACCUAAGCUCAGCAGACCUCUAUGCUGGAACCGUGCCCAAACCGUCUGUGGUUGGUCCCCCGGACCCCCGCACACGCCCAGAGGAGGAUAUCCUGUUUCAGUGGCGUCUGAGGAGAAAGAUGGAGCAGGCCAGUCAGUGGGUUCAGUCAAACCCACAGCAGGGUUACACCCUUCAUCAGCACUCUGUGAGCUGUCAGGCUCACAAGGUACAGCGGAAUCCUCUCCCUGCCUAUUCCUCUCAUAGAGUUGCCCCCUCCCUCCCCAUCACCAGCCCCACCGUCUCUAAGUUGCAGCCGGAUGCCCCUGUCCGUCCCCACAUGCACCUCCUCUGUGACAUCCUUUCUUGUACCGCUCAGCCCCACUCCCCUCCACCCAGCCACCAGAGGAGCCCAAAGAGGAGUGAGGUCUCUGGGUCCGACCGGACCGUCAGGCACCCCAAAGCCCAGUUCAGCUCCACAGACACCUCCACUGAGGAGCCCACUAGUAAACAUGAGUCCUCUCCACCACUGCCCGCCUUGUCUGUGACCACAGAGGAAGAGUGGGCAGUUCAACAGAGGAGAACCGAGAGGACAAAAAAGGAGACACUACAGAAGGAGAGGAGUGAGAAGCGGACAGGGCCGUCCUGCAGAAAGAAGAAAUUAGCCAGGUGUCACGUUGGUGACAGGGACCAUGCUGAGAGGCCCAGCUAUGCAGAUUGGAGUGUGAGCCAACACUACACCAGAGGUAAAGACCGGGUCAUCCCAUGGAGGGAGGAGCCCAGCAGAGACUGGGGGCAACAGGAAAGGGGGCCGGGGGUAGUGAGAGAGGGCUGCCCUGGAGAUCGUGCUCCACCACCCUCUCCCAUACACAGCGCCCUGGGACAGGUAGUUUCAGAGGUACUGUUCCUGACCACGGACUCCCCGGACCCGCCCAGAACCCCUGUGUCCUCUGACUCUCCCAGAUAUGUGCCCCCGCAGUCCCCCGCCCCGCCUCUCAGUGUACAGCAUCCACGGGAGGUUGUAGCUCAGCUGCUUCAGGAGGCUGAAGAUUCAGACGAGCAGGAGUUUAAAGAUGACCCCUUACUGAAGGUCUUAAGGCAGCAGAGGAAGUGGGUGAAGGAGCAAAUCGGCGAGGUGGACUCGCUGUUGGAUGAAUUCCAGGAAGAGUGAGCACUGGUGGUGUGCACACAUGGAACAAAAACAACCAAUCAAUUCAACAGCAUUUUUAUUUUUGUACAAAAAUAUAUAGUGCAUUUAUUUUGAACUAAUUCUCUUCUUACAAUAAAUAGUUAGAAAAUAUACAACAACCUUACUGUUGGGUUUUGUGAACAUACUUGAUAAACAUUUACUCAUGACUUAGAGGGCAUUAGACACUCCACACAAUACAAAUCAACAUUUUCAAUGUUUUUAUAUCAUAUUUACAAUGAACGGUUCCAUAAAAACAUUUUAAGAUUGAGUUAAAUGGGAUUCUUUAGGAUGAGGGAUGCUUUUAAAUACGGAAUCUGUCCUGUUAAUAUGUACAAACCUCAGAGAGAGAGAGCAGGGAAUUUUAAUGGUGUGAUGGCGUAGUUAAUGGGUGUUUUGGUACAGGCAGGCACCAGUUCCUUGGUGAGUGUUUGAUAUGUCUGUUGGAGGAGAGUGCUUGUAUUUUUGUGUGUGCAUAGUUUACCAAGCUACCAAUUACUUCACACUGGAAGAAGUUAAGCUACAAUAAAGUUACCCUUAACUACA